GGACCUUCCGUCCUGCUCUCCUUGCUUCUCCCUCUGUUUCACUCUCUGGACGACCUUUUGUGUUAUCCACCGAGUCGCCAGUGUUAUCUAUCCUGUGGUAUCAUCGAUAUCUUGUGUCUCCUAACUUACCACGGGUCUCCAUGGCUUAGUGUAAUUGAAAAUGGUGAAAUAAGCUGUAAGAUUGGGUGUUGAAGUGCAAUGUGGACGAGACAGUGAGUAUGAUGUUAAUAUUGUAUGAGCACAGGUUUAGUCAGGACGCCCCUGUUACACCCACCUGUCUGUAGGUGUAUGGUUGCUGUGGUUCCCCUAGGAACACCAUGAGGACCCGGGUGUGGGCGUGGGCGUGGGCGGCCUGCGUCUUGCUCAUACUCGUGGGUUUGUCCCAUUCGGAGUCACUGAAGAAGACCCCAACUAUCGUCACGAAGUAUGGACAGCUUCGCGGAUUCUUCCGCCAGGUCAGCGGGUACGGGGUGCGGGUAGCCACUUACCUAGGCGUGCCAUACGCCACUCCCCCAGUGGGUGCUAACAGGUUCAGCCCCACCCGAACCUUAUCCCAGUGGGUUGGGGUUCAUGAAGCUGCCCAGUUCGGACCCGCCUGCCCUCAGAGACUCCCUGAUAUUUCCAACGAGACGGCAGCGCUGACGCGGAUGUCUCGUGGGCGUCUGCAAUCUCUUCGGCGCUACCUGCCAGCACUUAAACACCAAAGUGAAGACUGUCUCUACCUCAACCUCUACGUUCCCGACGAAGACAGGUCAACUGCCGCGUAUCCAGUCGUAGUGUUCGUGCACGGAGAGUCGUACGAAUGGGGGUCGUCCAGCCUCUACGACGGGUCGAUCCUGGCAGCGCUGGGUCGUGUCAUAGUUGUCACUAUCAACUACCGCCUGGGUAUCCUGGGUAAGUCAUCUCCGCCUCAGUCAACUACAAAAUAA